UUUCAAAAUGGCGCCCCCCACACCUCAUUUAGCAGUGCGAGGAUCAGAUGGUACGCUGCUGUUGCACGGACCUCCGAACUGUCAGGAAAGCUCUGCUUUUCAGAGAGAUGACCGGCAAGGCAGAUACAUGACGUUCAGCAAUGAUGGCACCUUGUUUGCAUGGUGCAAUGGCUCACAGGUCACUGUGCUCAAAGUUCCCUCUGGAGAUUUGGUGAAGUCUUUUGAUUUACCGAAAACAACCGCUCUGGAGUUUUCACCUUUGAAUAAAGUUCUGGCCACCUGGCAGCAAUACACCAAGACGCAGGAUAACCCUCAAGGAGAAGCAAACCUGCAGCUUUGGGACUUGCAAACAGGCGCCUGCAUGAAAGCUUUCUAUCAGAAGAAGAUGACAGGAUGGUGUCCAAGCUGGGCAGACGAUGAAAGUAUUUCUGUUCGAAAUGUCAAUAAUGAGCUUCACUUUUUUGAAAACAACAACUUUGAAGUUAUUGCCAACAAGCUUCACCUACAGAAAGUGUCUGAGUUUGCUCUGUCUCCUGGAUCACAGCCGAGCAAGGUUGCCGUUUAUGUUCCCGGAAGCAAAGGAGCUCCGUCUUUUGUACGUCUGUACCAGUAUCCCAAUUUCGGAGGUCCUACAUGUGCUCUGGCAAACAAGAGCUUUUUCAAGGCUGAUAAAGUCAACAUGCUGUGGAACAAAAAAGCCACUGCAGUUCUUGUCACCGCCAGCACAGAGGUGGAUAAAACAGGAGCCUCUUAUUAUGGAGAGCAGACGCUACAUUACGUCGCCACCAAUGGAGAAAGUGCUGUCGUUCAGCUACCAAAGAACGGCCCCAUAUAUGACGUAUCCUGGAGCCCCAACUCUACUGAGUUCUGUGUGGUUUAUGGUUUUAUGCCCGCCAAGGCCACCGUAUUCAACAACAAGUGUGAGUCUGUGUUCGAUUUCGGCACCGGCCCUCGAAAUGCUGCUUUCUACAGUCCACAAGGCCACAUCCUGGUCCUCGCUGGCUUUGGAAACCUGAGAGGACAGAUGGAAGUUUGGGAUGUAAAGAAAUACAAGCAAGUGUCCAAACCCCAGGCUGAAGACACCACACAUUUCUCCUGGUGUCCCGACGGGGAACAUAUAGUCACUGCGACCUGCUCACCCAGACUGCGAGUCAGCAAUGGCUAUAAGAUCUGGCAUUACACCGGGACUGUGCUGUACAAGCAUGAAACGCCUUCCGGCAAAGAGCUCUGGGAGGUUUUGUGGCAGCCGUUUCCAGCUGGAGUGUUCCCGGAGCGGGCCGUCAAAUACCAGGCUUUGCCGAGUGAGCUGGGCAGCACUGAAGCCAAACCAGCGCAGGCGUAUCGACCUCCGGCUCUACGCAACAAACCGCAGACCGCCAGCUCUAAACUACAUGAAGAGGAGCCGCCGCAGAACAUGAAACCUGGCGCCGCUGGAGAGAAGCAACCGUCUAAAGCUGCUUUGAAGAACCAGAAAAGGCGAGAAGCAAAGAAAGCAGCUAAACAGGAGAACAAGCCUGAUGAAGCUCCACCUCCAGCAGCAGACCCCGCCCCCGUCAGUCAUGUGACUUCAAGCUGUGGAGACCCAGAAACGGACAAGAAGAUCAAGAAUUUAAAAAAGAAACUCAAAGCCAUUGAUGAACUAAAGGAGCAGCAGGCUGCCGGAAAAGUCAUGCAAAAAAACCAGCUUGAGAAGAUGCAGAAGGAGGCCCAGCUGUUGAAAGAGCUUGAAGACCUUGAAUUAGGAUUAUAAACUCACUGUACCAGUUUUCUCCAUUGGUCAUCAUUGGUUUCCAAGCAUUGCUUUGUCAUACUCUCAUUAAAAUGAAUGGAGAUGUUUUUCUUCAUGUCCAAUAAA